AUGGUCUCUCUCAAAACCCCGAUCAAAACAGCCAUUCCUGGACCCACUGGGUUCCCCAUUUUAGGCCUUGUGUUCGCCUUCACAUCAUCUCUAACACACAGAACCCUUGCCGAGCUCUCAAAGGCCUUUAAUGCCAAACCUCUAAUGGCUUUUUCUGUCGGCUUCACACGUUUCAUCAUAUCAAGCCACCCUGAAACCGCCAAAGAAAUACUUUCAAGUUCUGCUUUUGCCGACAGGCCAGUGAAGGAGUCUGCUUAUGAGCUUUUGUUCCACCGUGCCAUGGGUUUUGCUCCAUAUGGUGAUUACUGGAGGAACCUCAGGAGAAUCUCUGCCACCCAUUUGUUUAGCCCCAAAAGGGUAUCUGGGUUUGGGGUAUUCAGAGAGAAGAUAGGAUUGAAAAUGGUGGAUCAAGUUUCAUCUUCCAUGCAACACGAAGGCAUCGUUGAGCUAGUCAGCGAAGGAUAUGAGCUUCUCGGAAUCUUCAACUGGAGUGACCAUUUCCCAGUUGUAAGCUGGUUUGACUUCCAAGGUGUGAGGAAGAGGUGCAGAGAUUUGGUGUCCAAGGUUAAUGUUUUUGUUGACAAGAUAAUUGUAGAACACAGAGAGAAACGAUCGGAGAAUACAAGAGAAGAAGCUGAAGUUUCUGAUGGCGACUUUGUUGAUGUUUUGCUUGAUUUGGAAUCUGAAAACAAGUUCAAUGAUGCUGACAUGAUAGCCGUUCUUUGGGAAAUGAUUUUUUAG